AUGCAGGCGCCCGCGGAGGCCCCCGCGACGGCAGGCCACCCCAUGAGACCGCCAGGGCAGUUCGCGGGCCCUGCGGCGGCAGCCACUUCACCAGGCAGCCAGGAGGCGGGCGCGGCGGCCGACGCGCCAGCAGCCUGGCCGCACUUCCGCUGGGCGGUGGCUUGCCGCACAGGCGAGGGGCGUGCUGAGCCCGGCAGCAGCGGGACCUCCCAGGGCGCGGAUGAGUUUAGCUUUGACAUGGGCACGGCACGCCAGGAUGGCACUAUCACGAGCUGUUUGAGGAGCUUGGGCCAGGAGGACCCCAACCGCGUGAUCUUCGUUCGGGGGGUCACAUCCCUAGGCUGGACGUGCACGGAGGCGUUGACGCUGCAUUUCUCAGGCUUUGGACCUGUCAUGAAGGUGCUGACUACACAGUCAAUGAAGAAGGUGCGGCCUGGCACAUGUCAGAUCCGACCAGGGGGCAUUGCCUUCGUUGUCAUGGAGGAUGCCAGGAGCGUCCGGCGCAUCUUGCAGGCAGGCCCGCAGCAGACGGUGGCCUCGAAGAGCAUCUGUGUGCAGCCGUACACAGCCCCCCGGCCUGGGUCCGCUGCCGCCUCGUCGGGCGACGGCACCUCGACCUCGGCAGGCUCCGCCAGCUCCGCGAGGAGCUCCAGCGAGGGCCCUACUAUGGCGAUGCCAGCGCCCGCGAAAGUCCCCGCGACCGCCGGCCUUCCCGAAAGACCGCCGCGGCAGUUUGUAUGCCCUGCGGGGGAAGCCAGCUCACCAGGCCGCCAGGAGGCGGCCGCGGCGGCCACCCCGCCAGCACCCCAGCUGGACUGCGGGCUGUGGGUCGCUUGCCGCGCAGGCGAGGGGCGUGCUGAGCGGGGCAGCAGCGGGACCUCCCAGGGCGCGCAUGGGUGUAGCUCUGACAUGGGCGCGGCACGCCAGGAUGGCACUAUCACGAGGUGCUUGAGGAGCUUGGGCCAGGAGGACCCCAACCGCGUGAUCAUCGUUCGGGGGGUCACAUCCCUGAGCUGGACGUGCACGGAGGCGCUGACGCUGCAUUUCUCAGGCUUUGGACCUGUCAUGAAGGUGCUGACUACGCAGUCAAGGAAGAUGGUGCGGCCUGGCACAUGUCGGAUCCGACCAGGGGGUAUUGCCUUCGUUGUCAUGGAGGAUGCCAGGAGCGUCCAGCGCAUCUUGCAGGCAGGCCAGCAGCAGACGGUGGCCUCGACGAGCAUCUGUGUGCAGCCGCGACGGCACCUCGACCUCGGCAGGCUCCGCCAGCUCCGCGAGGAGGUCUAG